AUGCUUAGAUCAACUACAUCUAAUUUGAUGUCAAAAAGAUGUCUUGCUACUAUGGCAAAGACUGCACCAAAAAUUGAAGUUACAGAAUUAUCUAAUGGUAUUACAGUGGCCACUGAAUUUAAUCCAAAUUCAAAGACAAGUUCGAUUGGUUUAGUUUAUUCAGCAGGUUCAUCUGCAGAAAAUCCUUAUAACAAUGGUGUAUCAAAUUUAUGGACAAAUUAUUUUACUCAUUCUAAUAUACAACAAGACGCAGCUAAGAAGGGUUUCUUAUUAUCAUCUAAAGUUAAUAGAGAAUCUCAAUCUUUUACUAUUAAUAGUUUAUCUGGAAAUACACAACAAGCAUUAAAUUUUUUACAAAAAAAAUUUAUUUCAAAUUUAUCAGGUAAUUUAGAAAAUAAUUCAAAUAUUUUUAAUACUAUUAAAAAUGAUACUUUAAAACAAUUAACAAGAUUCGAAGAAUUUAAUCAUUCAGGUCGUGUCUUAGAACAUUUACAUUCAACAGCUUUUCAAAAUACUCCAUUAGCUCUACCGACCAGAGGUACUAUAGAAACUGUUGAAACUUUAAUUCCAGAAGAUUUAGAAUCUUUCGCUAAAGAAUUUUUCCAUUCGAAGAAUACAACUAUUGUAGCUACAGGUAAUACACCUCAUGAAGAAUUAAUUAAAGCCAUUGAUUCUGAAUUAUCUUUAGCUACUAAAUCAAUCUCAACACCAAUUGCUAAAUCUUCCUUUUUAGGUUCUGAAGUUAGAUUAAGAGAUGAUACUUUACCAAAAGCUUGGAUUGCUUUAGCAGUUGAAGGUGAAAGUAGUAAAUCUUCAAAUUAUUUGGUCGCUAAUGUAGCUGCUAAUAUUUUUGGUUCUUAUGUGGCCAAUGAACCACGUUCAAGAUUACAAGGUAUUAAACUAUUAGAUAAUAUCCAAGAAUAUCAUUUAUGUGAUUCAUUCGAUCAUUUCUCUUAUUCUUAUAAAGAUACUGGUUUAUGGGGUUUUGCUACUGAAAUCGGUAACGUUGGUGGAAUUGAUGAUAUGAUUCAUUUCACUUUAAAACAAUGGAAUAGGCUAACUGUUUCCAUCACAGAAACUGAAUUAGAAAGAGGUAAAGCCUUAUUAAAAUUGAAAUUAGGACAAGCUAAUAAUUUACGUUCUAAAGAUGCAUCUUUACUUGGUAAUGAAUUGAUUGAAAACGGUGGAUUAUAUUUAAAUACUGCCGAAGUCUUUAAAAAAAUUGAUUCAAUCACUACUAAAGAUAUUAAGAACUGGGCAGGUAAUCGUGUUUGGGACCAAGAUAUCGCUAUCUCAGGUACUGGUCAAAUCGAAGAUUUAUUAGAUUACAUGAGAAUGAGAAAUGACAUGUCCAUGAUGAGAUGGUAA